CGGCAUUCCAAGUGCGUCAGAUCGUGCGGCAGCUCGUCUAAAGGUUGUCAGUCAUUCGCACAACGCUCACGCCUCGCGCGCGCUUGUAUGUGCACGCGCGUCCCCAAACCUUCGCCGAGGUCGCCUCUCGAAAUUACAACUAGUACCGCAGUGAAUUAAUUACCUUCUCGUGUCGGAUGCAUUGAGAGCUUCAUUUGCUAGUGUGUUGCCCAAGGGUUGCGACGCUUCUGUUGCCGUCCACACAAGUCUGUCAACAAGUGCUUAUGCUAACUUGUUAUAUUUAGAACUACUGUAAGAAAUGGUGCUCCAAUUUGCGGCCCUGCGUCGCUUUGCUGUGACGCUACUGAAGACAACUGAGGGCCGACGACUGUGCCACUGUCGACCACUUAGCAGUUCGUCGAAGCCCGAGAAGAGAAUCAACUCCAGCUACUGGAACCAGACAUGUUCGAAACCGCUAUCUCCGGACACUCUUGGCACUUACGUCGACACAGCUGCCGAGACAUUUGGUGACCGUGUUGGUUGGGUGUUUAUGCAGGAGGGAAAGCAGUGCACCUUCGCUGACUUCAAAAAUCAGGUUGACCGAGUCGCCCAGGGCCUGCUAUCUCUCGGCUUCUGCAAGGGAGACACCUUGUUGAUCUGGUCCCCAAACACCUUCAAUUGGAUUCUGAUGGCUGCAGCAAUGGCGAAAGUUGGAAUAGUUUCCGCGAGUGCGCAUUUUGCAUUGACGGCAGCCGAAUUUGAAAAGUGCCUGACAACGGUUGGCUUCAAGGGCGUCUUCAUUGCAGAACCGUUCAAGGUGUUCAACUACUACGACAUGCUCUCCACGCUCAUACCUGAACUCAGACAUUCCAAGCCUGGACAGCUCAACUGUGCGAAAUAUCCAUUCCUAAAAGCCGUCAUUGCGGACGGGGACCAAACAAAACCAGGCUGCGUUUCUUUGCGUGAGCUCAUGCAGAGCGGAGAAGCCGAAUUGCGCGAAGCUCAGGAAAAAGUGGGCAUGGACGACCCUUUCACCAUAAUGUUCACUUCGGGAACAACCGGGUCUCCGAAAGCUGCCGUAAUCAGUCAUCACAACUUCGUCAACAACAUCGUGGCAUUCCACCACAGGGCCAACUUAUCACAGGACAUGGUUGUGUGCCAUCCUCUCCCGUUCUUCCAUGUGUACGGACUGAGCGUGGUUCUGGGCCGGACGUUGAUACCCGGCAUCAAAGCAGUGGUGCCUUCACAAAGCUAUGAUCUCACUGCCUUGUUCAAGGCCAUCCAAGAAUACAGGUGCACAGAUGUCUGUGGAUCCCCGACGACGUACGUGGACAUGAUCAAAAGUCCGUUGUUCAAGCAGUACGACGUUUCUUCCCUCAGAAGAGCUGAGUGCGGGGGCAACCUUGUCACGCCUUCAUUACGAAAACUGGUCCGAGAGAACCUCAAAAUUCCGCUGAGGAUAGGCUACGGCUCAACAGAGCUAACCACGGCGACUACCAUAGUGUGCGAAGAUGACCCAGAAGACAAGCAAAUGAACACUGUAGGCCUGCCCUUGCCGUAUCUUGAGGUCAAAAUAGCAGACCCUGCGACUGGCUGCGAGCAGCCUAUAGGCACACCGGGCGAAGUUUGGUCCCGAGGUCACCAUGUCUUCCUCGGCUACUACAAUGACGAGCAGAAGACGAGGGAAUGCAUCACGCCCGCCGGCUGGUACAAGACUGGGGACGUGGGCGUCAUGGAUGAAGACGGCUACCUGACUAUCGUGAGCCGCAUCAAGGACAUCGUGAUACGGGGCGGGGAAAACAUCUUUCCAGUCGAAGUGGAAGAAGUGCUCAACACCCAUCCCGCCGUUCACGAGAGUCUGAUUCGCCAAGCCUACGAUCAGAAGCCAUCUCUUGAGCCCUACGGCUAUGAAGAGUUUCUGCUGGACCUGUACAAGAAGUACAUGUACACGCAGACCCCAAGUGGAAGAGAGGCGUUCAACCUGUGCUGUCUCGUGAGCUUCCACGAGUUCGUCCAGUGUUUUCUGCACGCCCAUGAGGAGUAA